AAUGGCAGCGGCUGCUGUGGCUGCUCCUGCGAGAAGUAGUCGAUACACUAUGUCUGAGAAAAAUCUUGGACUUAUGAUGGAAAUAAUUCGUAAAGAUCCGGAAUCCUAUAAAGAGGAGUUUCUCGAACAGUUUGAUCACUACGUUCACACCAUGAAACUUCUUCAUUUGCAACCGCAACAGCAUAGAAUGGAGCUGCAGCCUCUCUUGGAGUCCAUAACCUUUCUUUCCGGUCUUGCUAAGCACUAUCCAGCACAGAAGGUUGGAAUGAUGUUUCAGGUGAGAAUGUCCUUUUGUAAAGCGCUGGUGCUUCUUAGGAACCAAAACCUGGUAGAUCCUAUGGAAUUUCUGGACAUCUUCUUUGAACUAGUCAAAAUCGAAGAUAAACAAUUAAGAAAAUUUGUUCUUGCAUCAAUUUCGUCCUUAUUGAGGAGAUUUUACACUCAAAAAAAGAAUGUGAAGCUGCUUGGAAAAAUUCAAAACUUUUGCUUUGCAAAGAUGAAGGUAUGCCAAUAUUUUUUGUUGGUUUCGCUCUAAUU